GUGGAAUCAAAGUGCAAUAUCGUAAUUAACCUCAUCUUUGGUAGGCCAUAUAUAACAACUAGUUACAACUUACAUACUUGGAAGAAUCUUCGAUGCGUUGAAGUUUUGCCAAGGUAUGCAGUUCAAUGUGUUUCAUGUGCCCUGAAAAAGAACAAGAUAUGGCCAAUCUCUCACUCGUUAGUGUCUGGGAAUAGUAACGCGCCUAUGAGAAUCCCCUUCUGUUUGGGCGUUGGGCGCUAGCAUGAUACAAUUCGAAGCAUUCUGAGACACCGAUGCUGUAACAUUCGUGAUGGGUUCCAUGGAUUCUUUAUCGGAUUGCCAAUUAGCGGAGAUCUUCCACGCACAUCAUGGAUCAUUCCCAGGGAUUCCACUUCGCGAGUAACUCUUAGCGACUUGCAUUUUGACGAUGCCCCCCUGACCUAUAGUAGAGCUGAGAAGUCAUGUUCUCUUUUCUCUUGCUUUGCCUUUCUCGUUUCUUUUCUUUCCCUUCUAGUUGUCGAUUUGUCUCUAGUUGGGUGUGAUUGUUGCAUUUCGUUCGUUUCUUGCACCAGGUGUGCCUUUUAUUCUACUAAUAUCAUUUCAUUUCAGCAAUUCAACAAUUGAACAAUGGCGAAGUCGUAUCGUACAGUCCCUCUCGACGAGGAGCCUUUUCUCGCCAAGGAAGAAGGAACAGAAGAGAAGUGGACGGGAAACACAGCCAAGAGACAUUUACCAGAAUGCCUUCGAAAACUGAGCCCCCAUUGGAUUUGGUUAUGCCACGCCGUCCUCCUAUCGCUCUCUCUAACAUUUUUUGCGCUAUCCUUUUGCUCGAAAACGUCAAAAAUCUCAGACAUAGACUAUACGAGGAAAUACUCGGCAUGGUCACCCGCUGCCAGCGCGGUCAAAUACGAGACGCAGCACUUCGACCUGCCUCCUUUUACCGAAGGCCCAUUUGUUGGUAACGGUGACGACGUGGAUGCAGCGUGGGACGAGAUUUCUGCCAUCGGUGAUACGAUGAUUUCUCGCGAGGAAAUGAUAAAACUAGGCUUGGAUCCUGACACUUCUCUUGCCAUUACCGACCCGAGAGACGGAAAGCCAGGCUAUCGGGUAGCUGUCGAGGUUUUCCAUCAGUUGCAUUGCUUGAAUCUUCUGCGACAAAAUAUCUAUAAAGAUUACUAUUCACCUCUGGGAGGCGACACGUCUGCGGCAGCCGAAGAUCUACAGGGACAUCUCGACCACUGUAUCGAUGCAUUGCGGCAAUUCGUCAUGUGCCAAGGUGAUAUCGGCGUCUUCAGCUUUCAUUACCCGUUAAACGAUGGAGACCCGUGGCCCAACUACAGCACACCGCAUACAUGCCGGAAUUUUGAUAGCAUUCGGCAAUGGGCGAUCGACCACACGGUCCCGAGGGGACCAGAUGAGCCGGAGCAUUGAGAUUUUCCGGGAGCCCAGGUAGAGACUUCGGUAUAUAUACGCACAUAUGCCUUGAAUAUAUUAGUAAAUACUUGGAUAAGCGAUAUUUUGACCUUGUAAAUCCAUAAGCCAAUCGGUACCUGCCUACCCGGGUCUACUAAGGUUUGUUUAAAGAGGCAUAACCUGACCUGGUGCUUGCCAACUGUAGACUCACUCUGUGAGUUGUAGAUUUCAAUAUCUACCGAUCAAUGAUGAUCAUGAUGGAAUUUGAAUCUUUCCCCGUUUCUUGGGAUUUCUUGGGUGUGAUUGGUUAGAUAAGAAUAUGAUAAAAAACAAAGCUAUGAC